GAGAGGUCACGGCAGCGUUGCAUGCCGGGUAAGCACGUGCAGCAGCAGUAGCAGCAGCAGCAGCUUCGCGAGGAAACAAACGGAUCUUCUUCACCAUGUCCUCUCAGAAGAAGAAGAAGCCACGCAGUGGUGACGGCGGCGGCGAUGACCAGCGUUUCCUGCGCGUGCAGAAGGACCCGCGUUUCUGGGAAAUGCCAGAGCGGGAACACAAAGUCAAGAUCGACAAACGCUUCCAGUCCAUGUUCCACGACAAACGCUUCAAGGUGACGUACACGGUGGAUAAACGUGGACGUCCCGUCAACCACACGUCCACCGACAACCUGAGACGUUUCUACAAACUGUCUGACUCUGAGGACGAGGAGGAGGAGGAGGAGGUGAAGGAGAAGAAGAAGGAGGAGGUGGUGAAAGACGAGAAGAAAGAGAAAACAGCAGAGAGCAGCGAUGAAGACAGCGAUGAUGAGCUGCAGCAGACGGAGGAGGACGACGAUGAUGAUGAUGAUGAGGAAGAGGAGGAGAGUGAAACAGGAAGUGGAUCAGAGGGGGAGGAGGAGGAGUCUGGACUGGACUCAGAGGAGGACAGUGACAGUGGGCCGGAUCUGGCCAGAGGGAAAGGAAAUGUGGAUACGAGUUCAGACGAAGAUGAAGACGACGACGUGAGCGCCCUCCUGAGGAAGGAGGAGGAGGAGAUCCAGCACGACUGGGGCGAGCUGUGUAAGGACGCUCAGAGGAGUGAGGAGGUCUCGGCUCGUCUUGCUGUGUGUAACAUGGACUGGGACAGAAUGAAGGCCAGAGACUUGCUCGCCCUCUGUAACUCCUUCUCACCUAAAGGAGGCGCUGUUCUCUCCGUCAAGAUUUACCCGUCAGAGUUCGGGAAAGAGAGACUGAAAACGGAGGAGACACGGGGACCUGUGGAGCUGAAGGUUCUACCUGAAGACUCUGAAGAGGACACUGAGGAGGACAGGACGUACAGGGAGAAGAAGCGUGAUUAUCAGUUUAAGCGUCUGAAGUACUUCUAUGCUGUGGUGGAGUGUGACUCUGUCGUCACGGCGACGAAGAUCUACGAGGAGUGUGACGGCUACGAGUACGAGAGCAGCUGCUCCGUGCUGGACCUGCGGUUCAUCCCUGAUGACGUGACGUUCACUGACGAACCCACAGACGUGGCCACAGACGUCAACCUGAGCACCUACACGCCCAAACUCUUCACUUCAUCUGCCACCGCCACCUCGAAGGUUGAGCUGACGUGGGACGAGACCGACCAUGAGCGUGUGACCGCCCUCAACAGGAAGUUCAACAAGGAUGAGCUGCUGCAGAUGGACUUCCAGGCCUAUCUGGCCUCGUCCAGUGAGGAAGAGGAGGAUGAAGAGCAGGCGACCCGAGGCCAAGAAGAAGGUGAGACCAUAGAGACACAGGAUGAGGAAGAUGAUGAUGAGGAGGAGGAGGAGGAGAAGAAGAAGAAGACGAAGACGAAGAGUGAGGAGCAGAUGUGUAAGUACAGAGAGCUUCUGAGAGGAAUCCACGACAAAGAGAAGCAGCAGCAGCAAGAUAAAGACAUGGAGAUGGAGAUCACAUGGGUGCCAGGGCUGAAGGAGACGACGGAGCAGCUAGUGAAGAAGAAGCUGGAGGGGCGGGAUAAGCUGACGCCGUGGGAGGAGUUUCUGGAGAAGAAGAAGGAGCGGAGGAAGCAGAAGAAAACUAAGAGAACUACGGAAGCUGCAGAUGACGACCUCAGCGAUGAUGAACUUCCUGUGGGCGUCGACCUCAGUGACCCAUUCUUCGCAGAUGAAAUCAGAGACACAGAUGUGAAGAAGAAACAGAAGAAAGAGAAGAAGACGACGACGAAGAAGAAGGAAGAGGAGCCAACAGCUGAGGAGGAGGAGCUGGAGAAACGAAAGGCUGAGAUGUCUCUGCUGAUGGACGACGAUGACGCAGACGAACACAAACACUUUAACUACGACAAGAUCGUCGAGCGCCAGAAUCUCAGUAAGAAGAAGAAAAAGAAGCUGCUGAAGAAAGGGGAGGAGCCUCUGGAGGAUGACGCCUUCCAGGUGGACGUCGCAGACCCUCGUUUCCAGGCCAUGUUCUCGUCUCACCUGUUCAACCUGGACCCGUCUCACCCGAGCUACAAGAAGACCAAGGCCACGCAGAGCAUCGAGGCCGAGAAGCAGCGGCAACGAGCGGAGCAGCAGCGGCGGAGGGAGGACGGCCUCGCCAUGCAGACGGCCACGCCCACACGGACAGUGGAGGCAGAGCAGGGACGAGACUCUGUCACCGUGGCGACAAAGAGAGCGAUGGAGCCGAGUCUGUCUCUGCUCGUCAAGUCCAUCAAAAACAAAACACAGCAGUUUCAGGAUCGAAAGAAGCCAAAGUUAUCGUAGACGAGACGCCGGCCUCUGAUUGGUUGGUUUCUCCCGAUGACUCAUCAGUGUGAAAAAAAGAGACUUAAUCAUGAAAUACGUUGAAAUCGUUAAAAUGUUUUAAUUUGACAGCAAAUCAACAAACUCCUAUUGUCAUGGUUACAGAGUAACGUACGUUCUUUCGUGCCUUUACGUCGUUCACCUAACUCCUCCCACAAAACAUGUAGCUAAUUUUAACGAUACAUUGCGCGAAUCAUAUGCGAAUAUUUAAAUAUAUUCCUCAAACGAGGAGAGUAGAGGGCGCCGUUUCUUUCCAUUGACUUUUUCAUGACCCAAAUUUUCCUUCUUUGCGUUUUUGGUUUGAGCGACAAAACUAGCAGAUUUUUGCUUUACUUGUAACGACUCUUCAGAAAAGAAGGGGGCGCCAUUUCUCUCCACACGUAAAAAUACUAUUUGCUUUGUGUUUGGUGUGAACGUCGCUUUACAGUUUGUUAAGUCUUUAUGAAAAUGUUAUCGCACAAUCUGCGAGUUUCUCUUCAUUAACGCAAAUAAAAUUCUUUAAACACUG